UUUUUAAGUUAAUAAUAUAAAAUUUAAUUGUGAUUCAAUACGCUAAUCUAUACAGCCAAAAGAAAAACAAAAUAUAAAAUAAAAAACAAGAAUUUAAAUAAAUUUUUUUCAUAAAAUAAAUUUAAAAAAAGAAACAGCAAAAACAAAACAUAACCACAACUACAACUACACGCGAAGUUUGCGAGUGCUGUUUUUUCUCUUCUAAAACAACAAAAACAACAAUUGGUAUUAAAAAAACCAAAAUCAUCGUGCUUUAUUAGUGACGGCAACUGAGUUAUAAUAAAAAAAAGAAUAAUAAUAAAGCAGAAUUAUUUAGAGUCAGCAGCUACCAGACCAGACACUUCUGUUUUUGUUUAAUUUUAUUAUUCGGUGUUUGUUAUUGUUGUUGGAUUUUCGAGGUACUAUUUGUUGUUUCUAUUUUGUGAGCAACAAUCACGUAAGUGGAGUCCACAACUAAAGCCAAACGAAUUUUAGAGUAAAAAGAAAUAAUAAUAAUAAGGAAUAAUCUAAGAAAAGAUAUUGUAAUAACACAGAAACAUGGGUCAAACUUUAUCGGAACCAGUAACCUCCAAGGAAUCGGCUUAUUGUCAAAAUGAAAUAUAUAGAGUGGGCUCAAGUUGUAUGCAGGGAUGGCGCAUAAAUAUGGAAGACUCUCACACACAUAUACUGUCGUUGCCCGAUGAUCCCGGCACCUCGUUUUUUGCCGUCUAUGAUGGUCAUGGCGGUGCCACAGUUGCUCAAUAUGCCGGCAAACAUUUACACAAAUUCAUUUUAAAAAGACCUGAGUAUAAGGAAAAUGUUGAAGAGGCUUUAAAACAGGCCUUUUUAGAUAUCGAUUAUGAAAUGUUAUAUAAUGAAUCAUGGGGCGAACAAAUGGCUGGAUCCACAGCUGUUGUAGUUUUAAUUAAAGAUAAUCGUUUAUAUUGUGCCAAUGCUGGUGACUCACGUGCCGUGGCUUGUAUUAAUGGAGAGGUAAUGACUUUAUCGAUGGAUCAUAAACCAAAUAAUGAAGCUGAAUCGAAACGUAUCAAUGAGGGUGGCGGUUGGGUUGAAUUUAAUCGUGUCAAUGGUAAUCUGGCAUUAUCGCGAGCUUUAGGUGAUUUUGUUUUCAAACGCAAUGAAAAUAAAAAACCCGAAGAACAAAUUGUUACAGCCUAUCCCGACGUUGAGACUCGCAAAAUUAAUGAGGACUGGGAAUUUUUGGUAUUAGCAUGUGAUGGCAUUUGGGAUGUUAUGAGCAAUAAAGAAGUAAUUGAUUUUUGUCGAUCACGCAUUGGACAGGGUAUGUAUCCUGAGGAAAUAUGCGAAGAACUAAUGACUCAUUGUCUGGCACCCGACUGUCAAAUGGGUGGUUUGGGUGGUGACAACAUGACCGUCGUCUUAGUAUGUUUCCUGCACAAUAAACCCUAUGCGGAUUUGGUGCAACGGUGUGCCACCUCAUCAAUGUCAGCGAAUACAAACACUUCAUUGCCGGCAACACAGACCUCGACAUCAUCGUCACCAGAAGAGGAGGAAAUAGAUCUAAAAUAACGGCAUCACCAGCAGCACCAUCAGCUUCAGCAAUCUAGCACUACGGCAGUACUCACUUUUAUCUAAAACAUUCAAGUGCAGUUUUGCUUUUAACAAAAGAAAAGGAAACAAGAAAAGAAAAAAUCCAAAAUAUCUUCUUUUUUAAGAUGAAGUUUUUUUUCUCUAUUUUUGUCAUUAGUUUUUAAACAAAUUCUUAUUUUUUUCCUGUUUAUAUUUUAUAUAUACCUCCAAAUAUCGUUAUUCAUAUAGUUUUUUUAUUUUUCUUUUUUUUAAUAUAAAUAUAUUGUAAACUUUUCUUUUGCAAACAAACUAAACAACAACAGAAAUAAUACUUGUUACUUAACAUAACUGGUGUGUUCCUUUAUACUAUUUGAAAAUGUUCUUUUUUAUUAUAUUUAAUUCAAUAUUAGUUAACUUUUUCUGCCUACUUCUGUGUUUUUAUUUUUUAUUUGUUUUUAUUUUGUGUAUAUCUGCAGUUCGAAAUCGGUUUUGGUCUUAAUUAUUAAAAAAAUAAAUUUAUUAACAUAUGUAUUUCAUUUUGUAGGAAAUUUAAUAACAAUAUCAAAAUAUAUUUUAUUAAUGUUUAAGUUUUACAAAAUUUUGUUAGGAAUUGUUAAUUUUUUUUAACAUUAUCAAUCAUAGAAAACCAAAAGUAAAAUCCAUUGUAUGUUUGUGAGUUUUUCUAAAAAACAAAACAGCAACAUCUAAACUGAAAACAAAAUUAUUUUUUAUAAUGAAUACACCCUAAAUAAUUGUUUAAAGCAUUAAAUUAUUAUUUAGAUAAAAUUAAAAGAUACAAAGAAUUAAUUGUAUAUUUUUGAUUUUAAUUUUUUUAAACUGUUGUGAAAUUAAAUUUUGGAAAAAUUAGUAAAAGUAAAGUAAAAUGAAUUAAAGUAUUUUAGGCAGUUGGUGAUUCGUCUCAAAAUUUGUAUUUAAAUGUGAGCAUUUUUGUCCAAUUAUUACAAUUAUUUAAAAUUAAUGAAUUAUUUUAUAAAUUGUGGAGUUUAAAAAAAUAAAAAUUUAAAAUGUAUAUGAAAAAAUAACAGAAUUCUAAAAAAAUUAAACUUAAAACAUUGGUUUCAAAUUAAAAUUUUUGUUUUUAAAAUUAGCAAGACUUUUACAUAGAAAUACCAAAAACACCGAUCACCGAUUCUUGUGUUAAUAAUUCCAUUGGAUUAUUUCCUUAAUAGUUUAAUAAAAAUUCUUUUCAAGAGGCGUUCCUAAAUAAAUUUAUAAAUUCGCAUUUUCCAAAUACUUUUCAAAUCUUAAUACGCUGUAGUCAACUAAAAAAUCUUUGGCCUUAAACAAAAAAAUAAAUCAGAAACAACUCAAUUUUAUUUUGAACUUAAAAUUGUUUUAAAAUAUAAUUUAGUCCACUUACUACAUAUAAAUAUUAUUAAUAAUAUAUGGCUCACUUAGUACACAAUCGUCACAACUCAAAUGUACGAAUAAAAUCACAUUCAAUAAAUAUGUUAAUUCAAAUUAGAAAUAAUUCCAAAAAUAACACAUUAUAAGCAAAAGAUUUCAGUUCGAUUAUGUUUUGUUAAUAAAUUCUAUUAUUUUAUACUAAUUUAUUAAGCUUGAGAUCAGAUAUUGAAAGUUUUUAACUUGUACAUUGACCUUAAACUCAAUAAAUUAGUAUUAAACUUAACAAAACAAAAAAACAAAGGUCGAAUAAAUUGAACUGAAAAAUUCUAAAUUUGAAUUGUAACGGUCUUGCACUAGCAGAGCUAUAUGUGUAUUUAAAAUAAUUUUCCUUCCUAGAAUAAAAAUGUGCGUGUGUGUAGUUGUUAAAUGCAUAUUUUCAUAUUUUUAUACCCUUAAUCAAAAGAAAACAAACAAUUCAAUACGAUUGAAUAAUGAAAGAUUUUUAAUAAAUGUAUAGAAAAAAGCUUUAAAUAUUAAAAGAAAACAACAACAAAAAAAACAUAAAAUAUGGUAAAAUAACAAAUAUUGCGUCUUUUUUAGUCGUAUAUUAUAAAUAUGUAAGUUUACGUUUUAAGAUAAAAUCCAAUAAAACAAAAUAAUGAAUUUAGAAAAAAAAUAAUAUCCAAAACAAGUAAGAUGAAAA